GGGAGUAGGGUGAGUAUUGUAAACAUAUCAGUACACCAAUAGCCAAUAAUCAAGGCUUCAAAAUGAGCUUAAUGUUGAAAUGUUGCACACCAGAAUCCCCACGAAGGCAGGACUCCCCGCAGUGGCGACUUAGCACCGUCGCCAUGACAACAAAUACACUUCAUGUCAUGGCGUCCCCGUUGAAGGACCCGCUGUUUGAAACGUCGGCACGCGGUCCUCCCUCCGAUAUUCAUUUCUAUCAUUUUGCAGUUACCAAGUCAGAAGUGAUCUGGAGAUGGUGGGCGAUAUCACCAAGAAAACAAUACUGGGGCUCCAUGCCCGGGGAGCAGAAGGAGCCACACCAGGACUUCUUGGAUGACAGAAUGCUGCAAAGGAAGAUUAGUAUGGUUUUCGGUGAACGAAUCUUGGAGUACACCAAGUCUUUGUGCCAAGGACAUUAUGAUUAUUUGGAGCGCCUGUCUGACACCUUACUUCUGCGGAUAGUAAAAAAUCUAGAGAUAGAGGAUAUUGGUCAGCUUGGACGAACGUCACGCAGGUUCCAAAAGCUAUGUGGGUCCGAGAAGUUAUGGGAGCAGGCAGUGCAGCAGCGCUUCAACACAGUGUCAGCUGAAGUGGCAUCUCUCGCGCUGGAUGUGGGCUGGCGUAGCAUCUUCUUCACCAAUAAGCUACCUGCAAAAGUUGAUCAGCCGAAAGAGGCUGAAGACCAAGAAGCGACAAGCAGGACAGGUCUCUGACACGCAUACGAAGGCCGAGGAGUCUCCCGAAGGAACCUUAGAGACAGAGCCAACACCUGGUUCUGAUACUCGCAUUGACACCAGCUCUUGCUCUGACUUUGACCCUGACUUUGACCCUGACA